GUCCAAACAAAACGAAGAAAAAAGUUGGUCCUAGUACCCUGAACUUGCUCCGAACCAAAACUCUUGCUCGUCCGCCAUAAGCCAGAACCCUGCUAAUACCCAGAAACCAGCAAAACACGCCCACACAGAAGCCCUAAACCUCACUCCAUAAAACCAACUAAUAGAGAAAAACGGACACUUAGUUUGUCUAUUUGAACCAUGUUACACAGUAAAACUUUUAACAAGAAAACCAGAGGUGGAAGAAUUCAAAAGCUUGUAAGAGAAGUGUAUUUGAGAGAUGAUAUUUACUGUGGAGCUUUGUUUUGCAAAUCUUGUGAAGAUAAAUCGAAAGCUCGGCUGACCGCUACUGCGUCUACUAUUCUCAUUCUUGACACUAAUGUUGUUCUUAAUCAGAUUGAUUUGCUUGAGAAUCCGGCUGUAGAAGAUGUGGUUUUGCUAUCUGUGGUUUUACAAGAGGUGAAGAAUAAAAAUUCGGCUGUUUAUGGAAGAAUUAGGAAUCUUAUUGAUAGUCCUGCUAGGAGAUUCGUUGUUUUCUCUAAUGAAUUCCACAGGGAUACUUAUGUGCAGAUCAUGGCAGGAGAAAGUCCGAAUGAUAGAAACGACAGAGCCAUUAGGGUUGCUGCAAGGUGGUAUCAGAGUCAUCUUGGUGAAGCGGUGAAGGUUCUACUUAUUACUAAUGAUAGAGAAAAUAAGAGGAAGGCUACUGAAGAGGGUGUUUCUGCUGAGACAAUUGAAUCAUAUGUGAAAUCAUUGGGGCAACCAGCUUUACUUGACUUGCUUGUUCAGCCAGCUUCUGAAGAUGUAAUCAUGGAAGAAGUCGAAGAUAUGAGACCUUCAAAGAGGAAAGUUGUUUAUCCUGAGCAUAAGCCCAUGUCAGAGAUUACUUCUGGUUUGACCAAAGGAAUAUACCAUCAAGGAAAACUUCGUGUGAACCGUUACAAUCCAUUUGAAGCAUAUGUUGGAAGUGAGAGCAUUGGUGAUGAAAUAGUCAUUUAUGGGCGUGGAAAUAUGAAUAGGGCUUUUGAUGGUGAUGUUGUGGCAGUGGAACUUCUUCCACAAGACCAAUGGCACGAGGAGAAAUCGUUAUCUAUAGUAGAUGAAGAGGAUGAAGAAGAAGAUGUUCAUCUAGUCCCAGGUAGUUCAGAUGAUGCUCCCAGGACUUCAAUUCCAGUAUCAAGUUCAACUUUUGACACAAAUCCUGUCUCAUCUCGCCCAUCUGGUCUUGUUGUUGGUAUUAUAAAGCGGAAUUGGCAUUCUUACUGUGGAUCUUUAGAGCCCAUGCCAAUGCCUGCAGGAAGUGGUGGUCUUGUAUAUGCUUUAUUUGUCUCCAAAGACCGUAGAAUUCCUAAGAUUCGGAUUCAAACUCGGCAGCUUGACAAUCUUUUGGACAAAAGAAUUAUUGUAGCAGUUGAUUCCUGGGACCGUCAAUCACGACAUCCUUCUGGCCAUUAUAUACGCAGUAUAGGACAGAUAGGCGAUAGAGAUACCGAAACUGAGUUGGUCUUGAUAGAGAAUGAUAUUGAUGCAAGACCGUUUUCUGCCCAAGUUUUGGCAUGCUUGCCACCACUACCAUGGUCGGUUUCCUCUAAAGAUUUGAACGAAUCAAAUAGAGUUGACUUACGACAUUUGUGUGUCUUUAGUGUUGAUCCUCCAGGAUGCAAGGAUAUUGAUGAUGCACUACACUGUACUAUGCUUCCAACUGGAAAUUUUGAAGUUGGAGUCCACAUUGCUGAUGUAACGAAUUUUGUUCACCCUGGCACCCCACUUGAUGAUGAGGCUACACAAAGGGGUACAUCUGUCUACCUUGUUGAGCGUCGUAUAGACAUGCUUCCAAAACCUUUAACAGAAGAUAUAUGUUCUCUUCGAGCUGAUGUGGAAAGGCUAGCCUUUUCUGUUAUUUGGGAAAUGACCCCUGAAGCAGAGAUUAUUUCUACAAAAUACACAAAAAGUGUCAUCAAAUCACGUGCAGCAUUAUCUUAUGUUGAAGCUCAGGCUAGGAUGGAUGAUAGUCGAUUAGUUGAUCCAGUAACUAAAGAUUUGAGAAAUAUGAAUGCUCUGGCAAAGAUAAUGAGGCAGAGGCGAAUUCAUAGAGGAGCACUAACACUUGCUUCUGCUGAAGUCAAAUUUCAGAUUGAUACCGAGACGCAUGAUCCUCUUGAUAUUGGUAUGUAUCAGAUUCGAGAAGCAAACCAAAUGGUUGAGGAGUUUAUGCUUGCUGCAAAUGUUUCUGUAGCUGAAAAAAUUCUUAAAGAAUUUCCGGAGUGUUCACUAUUGAGGCGUCAUCCUACUCCGACAAAAGAGAUGCUUGGACCUUUGCUUCGUACAGCUGCUGCUGUUGGUUUGAACUUGGAUGUCACAUCUUCAAAAGCACUAGCCGAUUCACUUGACCGUGCUGUGGGUGACGAUCCAUACUUUAACAAGCUGAUCCGUAUAAUGGCAACUAGAUGUAUGACACAGGCAGUAUAUUUCUGUAGUGGAGAACUCAGCCCUCCAGAAUUUCUUCAUUAUGGGCUUGCAGCACCUCUUUAUACUCAUUUCACAUCACCUAUCAGGAGAUAUUCUGACGUGAUUGUACAUAGGUUGCUUGCUGCAUCCAUAGGAAUAUACAAACUUCCAACUAUAUUCCGAGACAGGCCCCAGCUCACUAGUAUUGCUGAUAAUUUGAAUUAUCGGCAUAGGAAUGCUCAGAUGGCAAGCCGAGGCUCAGUAGAGCUCCAUACUCUCAUAUACUUCAGAAACCGGCCGACAGACACAGAGGCCAGAAUAGUAAAGAUGAGAUCAAAUGGUUUUAUUGUAUUUGUUCCCAAGUUUGGUAUAGAAGGGCCAGUAUACCUGACAAUGAGAGGUGAUAAAGGGGGUGGGGAAUGGUUUGUAGAUGAGCAGCAGCAGAAGAUUAGGAAGAUGGAUGGUAGUGUUUCAUACAGUAUCCUGCAGGCGGUGAAAAUUCACUUGGAGGUUUUAGAACCGAAACCAAAUCGGCCAAAACUCCAACUAACCCUCCUCUAAAUUUUAUAAGACAUAAUUAUGGGAGCCAUUCCAAUGCUGAAUGUUUAGCUUGUUUAUGCCAGGAUAGGGUGUCUUGGUGCCCAGAGGGAGUGCAUGAUUUUGUAAUGUCAGAAAAUCGUUUUGUUUUAUGCUUGUAUUCUUUUGAAAUAUUUAACUCAGGAUUUGCUCUUGGGACCUUUCUUUAAGAGGGCAUUUAGCUUAGCAGAUGACUUGAGAGACUAAAAAUGAUUAAAUCGAAAUUGUCAAUUCUUUUCAUAAACUUUAAA